CAUAUAUCAAAGCCUUACAAGUAACAAAGUUACAAACCCUCUCAUAGUUCCAUCUCUCUCUCUCUCUCUCUCUCUCUCUCUCUCUCUCUCUUCUUUCUCUAUUCUCUCUUUUCUCUCUCUCUCAUUCAUUCUCAUGGAGCUUCUCAUUUUACUCUAUGCUCUCCCUAUCUUCUAUUUCUUGUUCGUGAUAUGGAAGGGGGUUGAUGCCAGAAGAGACCAAGAAUGUUACAUUCUAGACUACCAAUUGUAUAAGCCCACCGAUGACAGAAUGCUAGACACUGAGUUCUGUGGGGAACUCAUCAAGAGGACCAAGAAUCUUGGUCUACUUGAGUACAAGUUUCUCCUAAAAGCCAUUGUGAGCUCAGGCAUUGGUGAGCAAACCUAUGCACCAAGAAUCAUAUUUGAUGGCAGGGAAGACAAUCCCACAAUUCUUGAUGGGAUUGCAGAGAUGGAAGAGUUUUUUUACGACUGUAUUGGAAAGCUCUUAGCCAGGAAAUCCAUUUCUCCCUCAGAAAUUGAUGUGCUUGUGGUUAACGUGUCCAUGCUCUCUUCAGUUCCUUCUUUAGCAGCUAGGAUUAUCAACCAUUACAAAAUGAGAGAUGACAUCAAAGUUUAUAAUCUCAGUGGGAUGGGUUGUAGUGCUAGCCUUAUCUCAGUUGACAUAGUCAGAAACAUCUUUAAGUCCAACAAGAACUUGUAUGCUCUUGUUGUCACUUCUGAGUCUUUGAGUCCAAAUUGGUAUUCAGGUAAUGAUAGAUCAAUGAUCCUUGCAAAUUGUUUGUUUCGGUCUGGUGGGUGUGCAAUCCUUUUGACUAACAAAAGGGCCUUGAAACACAAAGCCAUGUUGAAAUUAAAUUGUCUAGUUAGGACUCACCAUGGGGCUAGAGAUGAGUCAUAUGGUUGUUGCAUACAAAAAGAAGAUGAGCAAGGGAGGUUAGGUUUUCACCUAAGCAAGAAUCUCCCUAAAUCUGCAACAAGGGCUUUUGUUGAUAAUCUAAGAGAGAUGUCACCUAAGAUUUUACCAUUGAGUGAAUUGCUUAGGUUUUUGAUUGUGUCCCUUGUCCGAAAAAUGAGUCAAACCUCUAGUAAAGUUGGUGGGGCAACAAAACCUGUAAUCAACUUUAAGACAGGUGUUGAUCAUUUUUGUCUCCACACUGGUGGAAAGGCUGUCAUAGAUGGCAUUGGAUUGAGCUUGGAGCUUAGUGAAUAUGAUCUAGAACCAGCAAGGAUGACACUGCACCGUUUUGGCAACACAUCAGCCAGUAGCCUUUGGUAUGUGUUGGGGUACAUGGAAGCAAAGAAAAGGCUCAAAAGGGGUGAUAGAGUAUUGAUGAUAAGCUUUGGUGCUGGCUUUAAAUGCAACAGCUGUGUGUGGGAGGUGAUGAAGGAUUUAGGUGAUGCAAAUGUGUGGAAGGACUGCAUUGAAGGGUACCCACCAGUCUCUUUGGCCAACCCUUUCAUGGAGAAGUAUGGUUGGAUCAACCAAGAGGAUCCAAGCACCUUCAAAAUCCCAGAGUAAAACAGGUUAAAACAUUUUUAACUGUGCCCCUCAAAAGUGUCUUUCAUACAGUAUUUUCAAUCAUUUUUCUGUACACUAUAUUAUAAGGGAGGUUCUUUUGGUUAAAACUAUAAGAAGGUUCUUAUUAUUGUUGAAAUCCUUUGGCGGAUUUCAUAACCACGCAAUAAGCUGUUCUGUUUUUUCUUUUCUUUUUUCUUUUUUUCACGUUCAAGAUUGAUAACAGUACUGCUUUAUUUGGGUUUGAAAGAAUUAGAUACAAGCAGCUUGCACUUCUUGUGAAAUACAGGAUUUGAAUUCUUCAUAUUAGUUUUUGAUUA